GCAUCGGUGCUUCGAAGGUUUCAGAGUACGUUAGUCAUAGCAGAACACAACAAUGAGACUCUUACACCCGUCACAUUAAAUGCUAUCACUGCAGCAAAACAACUUGGAGGUGAAGUUUCUUGUUUAGUUGCUGGUACCAGCUGUGACAAGGUAGCGCAAGAACUCAGCAAAGUGCAGGGAGUUGCAAAAGUUCUAGUGGCUCAGCAUGAUGUAUACAAGGGAUUUCUAGCAGAGGAACUGACUCCCUUGAUUGUGGAAACUCACAAAAAAUUUAAUUAUACCCACAUUUGUGCUGGAGCAUCUGCCUUUGGGAAGAAUCUUAUUCCCCGAGUGGCUGGCAAACUUGAUGUUGCCCCUGUUUCUGACAUUAUUGCAAUUAAAUCACCAGACACCUUUGUGAGAACUAUCUAUGCAGGAAAUAUUCUUUGCACUGUGCAGUGUGAUGAAGCGAUUAAAAUAUUUACUGUACGGGGAACUUCUUUUGAGGCUGCACCAGCAAGUGGUGGCAGUGCCAGUUUAGAAAAAUUAACCCCUCCACCGCCUGUUGGUCUGUCAGAAUGGAUUGAGCAGAAGUUAACAAAAAGCGAUCGACCAGAGCUUACUAGUGCAAAAGUGGUUGUGUCGGGUGGGAGAGGCUUGAAGAGCUUUCAUUUUCAUUUUUUUUUUUUAAAUGAAUGGGAAGCAGAUCAAUUGCAUGCUGCAGUUGGAGCUUCCCGUGCAGCUGUUGAUGCUGGCUUUGUUCCUAAUGACAUGCAAGUUGGACAGACGGGCAAAAUAGUAGCACCAGAACUUUAUAUUGCUGUGGGAAUUUCUGGAGCAAUCCAACACUUGGCUGGAAUGAAGGACAGCAAGACCAUUGUUGCUAUUAACAAGGAUCCAGAAGCUCCAAUUUUCCAAGUGGCUGACUACGGACUAGUGGCAGACUUAUUUCAGGCGGUGCCAGAGAUGACGGAGCUCCUGAAGAAGAAGUGA